AUGGCUACCCUGUGGGCAGAGGACACCCACGCCGUCAUAAAUCUCGGCAAGGGCCACCCUAAUCCCCGCUUGCUCCCCCUGCAAGCCGUUAACGACGCCUACAGCAACGCCUCCGUCGCCCCAGAUGCGGCCGUCACCCUGCUGCAGUAUGGCCGCAUGCAAGGCAACCCCGACUUGUGUGCUUCCAUAGCGCGCUGGACGGCCGAAUCGUGCGACAACCGCCCUAACCUACCAUCUGCGGACGACAUUGUAAUCACCACCGGUUCGGGUCCGGCCCUGAGCCUCAUUAUGCAACUCUUCACCAACCCUGGCGAUACCAUUCUUGUCGACUCACCAGGCUACUUUUUAGCAUACUAUUCCUUCGAAGAUUGCCGUGUCAAACCCAUCCCUGUGCCCACGGAUGCCCAUGGUUUAGAUGUUGACCGCGUUGAGGCUUUGCUCAAGGAGGGGGUCAGACCAUCCAUGGUGUAUACCGUGCCUAUCGCUAACAAUCCCACGGCCGCGGACAUGUCCGAGGAGCGGAAGGAGAAACUUGUCCAGUUGGCGCGCGAGUAUAAAUUCAAGAUUGCGGCUGAUGAGGUGUACCAGUUUCUGAAAUUCGGCACCUCGAAAGUUCCGAAGAGCCUUUUCGAAUACGAUGACCCUUCAGACCCGGUUGUAUUCUCCAUCAACUCCUUCAGCAAGUUGCUUGGCCCAGGCAUGCGCUUGGGCUGGCUCACCGCCCACAAGCCCUUCAUUUCCCGCAUAUUGGAUUGUGGUGCGUUGCAUUCUGGCGGCGGGUUUAAUCCGCUCACCUCAGCUGUAGUCUUGCAGCUUUUCAACAACGGCUUCAUGGAUGAACACAUCGCCUUACUGCGCCGAGAGUACGGAGCGAGCUGUGUUGCCCUCUGCAAGGCUGUCGAGGAGCACCUCGUGCCCGCUCUGAAGCCAGAUGAAAAGCUACAGUAUCACACGCCCAGGGGCGGGUUCUUUUGUUUUAUCACCCUGCCAGAGCGCUAUGACGCGGACAAGCUCCUAGUGCAGUGUAAGGAGAACGGCGUGUCGUUUUUUGUUGGCAAGCACUUUUCUCCUGCCAAAGACUCCUUUAAAAGCAGUGUUCGAUUAUGCUUUGCGUGGUUGGAGAUUGACGCAUUAGUGGAAGGCGUCCGACGUCUCGGAAAGACUGUGAAAGAGUUCUCAUAGUUAGGAUGAGGCCGCAUAAUCCAUGGCGUCGGGGCGAUCUGAGGUGCACCAGUCUGGUGACGGCUUCUCGUCGCGUGCGUGAGGGCGGAAAGCACUGUGAGGGUUUGGAAGUUCCUGCCAAAUCCCUGCGGGUUCACUUAUGUGCGGCUCGCGCAGGCCGUGCAAGCUUUGAAUUGAGUGUUCACGUCUCCCAAGCACAUGGAAAUGAAUUGAACCAGAUGUCUAUUUUUGUCUGGAGUCUGGACAUGGACAGUAAAGAGAUCAGGAUAUUCAUACCCCGGGAUACUACUGCAGUUGCCAGCGAGCUUGAACUUGCAUGCAACACUGCUUUCUGCGCCGAAAGUCACCUUCGGAACACGGCUUUUCAACUACCUAUGAGGGAGUGCCAAGGCAUGAGUUUAUUCUCUAUGCAAAGAUAGUUGACCGUGCCUCGGAACAAAAGGAAAGUAAUAGCUUGUAUCCCGAUUUACGGCUCUUCCUUCCUCUUGUUCCGAGGCACCGUCAACUUUCUUUGCAUGGAGGAGAUGAAAGGAGUCUUUGAAAUCACCAAGCCGUUGCCUACCGGCCCAUGGAUGCGUGGUCAGUUGUUGGACAUUAUUCCCCCCUUAGCGAAUAUCUGUUGCAGGCUCCAAAGGUUGUAUGACAGCCUCUCGGAGAAAGGAAAUGGAUAUUCUAUCGCAACUCGGAAAUUACCUUUGCCACAGGGAGCAGGACAAUUAGGGCAACUAACCACUAUCGUGAACUAGCACGGCAGCGAACAAUAAUCGUGUAAUAAAGAGAGGCCGAGGGGGUGUGCUGCAGCUCUGAGCGCGCACUAGUUGCAUCUA